CUCGACAGAAGAUGACUGCCUGCCUUAAGAAGACCCGUAAGCAUAGAGGAAACGUGUCCCACGGUCACGGCCGUAUCGGCAAGCACCGUAAGCAUCCUGGUGGACACGGUAAUGCCGGUGGUCAGCAUCACCAUCGUAUCAACUUCGAUAAGUACCAUCCUGGUUACUUCGGUAAGGUUGGUAUGCGUUACUUCCAUCUUCAGAAAAACAAGUUCUACCGCCCUGAAGUGAACGUUGAGAAGUUGUGGUCCCUCGUUUCUGAGCAGACUCGUCUCCAAUACGCCGACAAGAAGGACAAGGCCCCGGUAAUCGACUGUACCAAGGCCGGCUACUUCAAGGUCCUCGGCAAGGGUAACCUCCCCAAGCAGCCCGUCAUCGUCAAGGCUCGUUACUUCUCUAAGAAGGCCGAGGAGAAGAUUCAGGCCGUUGGUGGUGUUUGCGUCCUUACCGCUUAAAUGCUUGUACCGUUGUCGCCAGGAGAAGCAACAGCACUUUCCAUUGCUUACUAAAGACGACUUUGGUGGCUGGAGGUCAUCUCGG